AGAUCACCGAAAUACAAUGGACAUCAACGAGCUUGUACAAUCAGAAAUCGGGGCUUCUUGCAUGCUAUAUCAAUCACACAGCAUGGGUCAAGAUGUGUUUGCCAGUGCAAUACAUUACAAUCUCAUCAAGCGCAUAAUCGGAUUACCGAAUAUAGUGCGCUGCUGUGUUUCUUGUCUGGCAUUGUGCCAUGCGACAGAAUGCGACCUUGUGUAUAAAAAGCAGUUUCGGGAGCUGUUAACCUGUGCUAGAUUGAUGGCCACAUGGUUCCAUACGGAACACCUCUACAAUGGCGUUAAUAAUAAGUUGGAUUAAAUAUUCAUUUCCAACAUACAGAUUCGGCGAUAAAAGAGCUGGACCGUAGCAUGAACGCUAUUGGUACAACCACCAACAUUCCCCACCCCUUGAACAUGACGGUAGUCUCAAAUGAUCCCAGUUGGUGGCCGAUAAUCAAUUCAAACAUCUGUAGUAGCUAUUGGAUAGUCGCGGCCGGCGUGGUUGUAUACGAUUGGGUUCUAUCACUCGGACAAGAGAUUGAACUAAUAUGGAAGCAAAGCUGGUCUCUCAUGACUGUGCUGUAUUUAGUUAUACGCUAUAUUGGAAUACCAUAUUCUAUUGCCAAUGUUCUACAACUUGUGCCAUUUGUCUCGCUGACAGAUGCAGUGAGUAACAUUUUGUACUACACAACGAAUGGGACGACUGUGGUCCUAACUGUCAUGUUGGGCGUCAUUAUGAUUGCUCGAUUGUAUGCCAUGUAUGAGAGGUCUAGAAUGAUAUUAAUCUUUCUUGUUAUUGUCUUCCUGGUUGUUAACAUCGCCUCCGGAGUCAUUAUGACAAUAGCACUCAAGGAUACUGUAGAGGAGGCGUGGAUAAUCUCUGGUACAUAUAUGUGCGCUUAUGAAUCUGAGCAGGACACCCAGCUUCUGUUUUCAAUGACUUGGAUCCUCAGCACUAUUUGGGAGGUUCUCGCACUGUGUCUUUCAAUCUGGAUCGCUGUAAAACACUUCCGUGAACUGCGACGAUUCGGCCCAUCGACAGGAUCGACCAUCGGAGACUGUUUCAAAGUGCUGAUACAAUCUCACGUGCUUUAUUUUGCAAGCUUUUUUGGUGUCCCUUGCCUCCAACUUGCUUAUCUCUCUCCAGAACUCAUUAAUUCAUCAUCCAUGGGAGCUCAGAUACUCAGUAGUGUUGUUCAAAUUUUAUUGGGCGUGCAGAUGUUUGUGCUGGGACCACGCCUCAUCCUUAGUGUUCGAGAAUAUAGCGCCAAACUUGUGGCCCACUACGAUGCAGAAACUAGCAUGAAUUCGAUUGUCUUCCAGGAGCAUGUACAUGUAUCAACUAGCAGUACUGUAUAGGGACAUACUUGCCGAGUGGUCUACAGGGAGGAGAGAUUGGUGCAGGAUCUGUCGUGAUAUUUAUUUAACAUAUCGUGUUUCGAAGUAUAUU